AUGUCCUGGCUGAAAUUAUUAUCCAAAAGAGCUCCUGGUCUUCCCCUCAGCGUAGUUCCGCAGGGUAACAACAUUGUAAUCGAGUUCCAUCAUAAGACAGGAGGCCAUUUUGUUGCCUCUGAACGGCCAGAAGAGCUUGUUGAAGAUGUGCUGAAGAUGUCUGCGAAGGGGGAUCCCGCGUUCGCAAUUGUCCCUGGAAAAAGUGGAUAUGCUUGA